CUCAACAAACCCUAUUCUCUCUCUCAAACAAAUUAUCUCUUUCUCUCUCUAGAGUUUUGAAUUCUUGAAUUAAGUUGUGUGCGAGAAAAAUGGCAUUGAGAUCUCUUGAUAACGCACUGCCGAUGACGCCCGAAAGACCGAAGAAGCAAGCAAAGAUUGUAAUCUCAGCUAAGAAAGAGAAGCAGCUGUCUGAUUUUGGUGUCAAUGAUGAAAACAUAGCCCCUGUUCCACCACCAUCAACGGAGGCCUCUAUCGAUUACAUUUCCUCUGAAAAUCUCGAAGAAUUCCAAGACCCAGAGGCUAAAAUUCAGGGUCUUGUUGGAGGUUUGGAGUCAAAAGAUUGGUUGAAGGUAUGCGAAUCGCUGAACGACACUAGGCGGUUCGCUAUCUAUCACUCCAAUCUCUUGCUGCCGAUUUUGGAAAAGGUGGUGUUAGUGAUGGUGAAGUCGAUCAAGAAUCCGAGAAGUGCAUUGUGCAAAACCUCAAUCAUGGCUUCUUCCGAUAUAUUCAAGGCAUUUGGUGUCGAAUUAAUCGAGUCCAAUUCCGAUGCUCUCAGCCAAUUGCUGUUGCAACUGUUACUAAAAUCUUCACAAGACAAGAAAUUUGUAUGUGAAGAAGCGGACAAGGCAUUGUCGAUAAUGGUGGAGUCGAUGGCCCCUCUUCCUUUGCUCUGUAAACUCAGUGCAUACGUUGGCCACUCGAACCUCAGAAUCAGAGCAAAAGCCGCAGUUUCUUUCGCUAAUUGCGUCUCUAAGAUGGAUCUGAAAGGCAUGGAAGAAUUCGGGUUGGCUUCGUUGAUAAAAAUGGCGGCAAAUUUGAGAAACGACAAACUUCCCGAGGCGAGAGAGGCAGCUAAACGUAUUGUGGUUUCGAUGUAUGAAGCAAUUACGGAGAACGAAGAAGAGAAAGCGGAGUUUUGGCAAAGCUUUUGCCAGUCGAAUCUGCCAGCAAUUCAUGCACAAGCUAUGGUUAAACUUGUUUCUUCUUGAAAUUUGAUGUAGAAACCAUGGGGUGUAUUUCGUAAUUUAGCCUAAGUUCAGGGAUUUUUUCAUAAUUUACCCUUAUCUUUUUU